AUGUUAAUAAUGCUUCUCACCCAAUUCCUUUUAAUCCCAUUUAUUGCCAUUAGCCAAUGUUUUACACCGUUUUUUAGCCACGCCGUAUGGCUGACGUUGUCAGAAGGAGAUUCAGUAGUACAAAAAAUACCUUACAACAAAAACAAGUCCAAUGUUGGAUCAAUUGUAAUGACAUCUGCUGGUUACUUUGGCGUACUGAUGGCUUAUGGCGGUUUGCAAGAAGUGAGUAGAUUUCAACUUUUGUUAAAAUUUCUUUCCUAUAAAGAAUAUAUUAAGAGCUUGCAUGAUGUGAAGACCAUGCAAGUGAAGGCAAAGCAUGUUACAUCAACCAAAUUUCUGGAUAGAGUUGAAAAUUUUGCUGGCUGGUUACGUUGA